UUUAUUUGACCUCUGCAAAUAAGUUAAAUAAACAACUGUUUUCUUUAGUGAGAGUAGGCUUGUAAUAUAUUAUGUCGUUUACACGAAUGAGAGAGACUCUACCAGCUCAGGACAAAGGAAAACCAUUGGAGCAAUCUGAGGAGGCAGAUGACCGCUCUCCAAGGCUUAGUCGAUGUCCCAAGCCUAAAUUUCAACUGAGAAAAUUCUCCUCUAAAGCAGCUGUGUUAGUGCUCAUUUGGAACUUCCUAGUGAACUGUAUAUUUGGAUCGCUGGACAAUCUCAUUUAUCUGUUUCAUCUGAAUGAAGAAGCGUUUUCUAAUGUUUUCCCCUUCACAAUGUUGAUUAUUGUUGCCCUACUCUCUGGUUGGAUUGCAGACACUUACCUCGGACAUUACAGGACAGCCAAGAUUGGAUUUGUACUAUUGUUUGUAGCGUCUGUCUUGCAAUCAGUGCUUGUGAUAGCAAAGCAUUCGCCUGAUGAAAAUUACCCGCUUGGUUUGAGAAUUGGGUUGGUUGCGCCUACAGUGUCUCUAGGUUAUGGCAGCGCAGCUAUUCUAUUGGUCACCUUGCCUCAAAUCGGUCUAGAUCAAAUGCCUGAUUGCUUCGUCACAAACAUUACUAGUUUUAUUGCCUGGUUUGUCUUUUCAGUAUUUGCUGGUUUUUGGGUUAGUGAGUUUUCAACGACCAUAGUUGCAGUUUGUAUUGGGGACGAUUUAGCUACUGUCUGGAGCUUGUUUCCAGUGAUAUGCAUGUCGAUUGUUCUCAUCUCAGACUUUUUCUUAACUCCAAAAUGGCUAAUAAUUAAACCAAAAUCGCCGAAGUCACUAAAAAAUAUCUACCGUGUUUUGAAUUUUGCAUCUAAACACAAGUCUCCUGUUAACCGCAGUGCUCUGACAUACUGGGAGGAAGACAUACCCUCUAGAAUAGACCUGGGGAAGUCAAAAUAUGGUGGACCGUACACGAUAGAGCAAGUUGAAGAUGUGAAAACUCUCCUACAAAUCUUGGCUCUAACGACUCCCCUUUGGAUAACUCUUACGUCAUUUAACAUGUAUGGCAACACAAUGUCUCUAGCAGAUUUCAAUGGAACGGUUUUAGAUGAGCGAUGCUCGUCACAAGUCGCGCAGUACUUCACCUAUGAUUGGUACUUGGUUGCUAUGGUUCUCAUUGUGGUUUACGAGCUGGUGAUUUACCCGCUAUUUGGGCACAUAGUUACAAGCAGCAUUCGACGUAUUGGUGCAGCAACUGUGCUCACUGCAAUUUUGAACAUUCUUUGCAUAUUUCUGUCUAUUUACUACUAUUACACGAAUUAUAUUCCUGUUGUGGUAGCUUAUGGUCACACGUUCAGUGUGUGUCUGAUCGCCUUGUUGAUGUUGACUGCUUUAGUUGAGUUUGUGUCUGCUCAGUCUCCCUACAAUAUGCGUGGUCUCCUUCUUGGCUAUGUAUGGUGCAUCAAUUCUUUCACAUAUGCAAUCGCCAGCCUUGCCUAUUACAUGACACGUGACUUUGAAGAUAACCAAGUUGUGUUAUUAGUACACACUGUUAUAUCUGCUCUGCUCAGUCUAAUAGGGUUGGUAUCGUUCGGUCUGCUUGCUCGCUGGUAUACUGGGAGAGUUAGAGAUGACGUUACGACUCCUCAUAUGUGGGUGGAAGAAGUAUACGACCGAUAUCUCCCCGAAAAACCUGAUGUUAAUUGAUGUACAUGUAUGUCACAUACGCUCAAAAUUGUUUUUCCCUUGUCACCACCCUUAAUUAUAUAAAAAAAUGUUAUACCAAAUUCCAUGCUUUUUGUGUUGACAAAUUUUUUUGUUUCAUUUCUGUGUACUGGUGAUUUCUGGGGGGCAAAAUAUUCGGGAUUUUCGUGGUUGAACACUGGACCACGAAUAUUUUACCCAUAAAUGAAGCGA